UCUCUCCACACUGGAGGUCCCAGCUCUGCCCCUCGUCACGCCCCCCUGCUCUGGCCCUGGAUGUUAGUUCCUAUUAAUAAUUAGCAGUCAGGUUGUUGAGGACUUUAACACCAUGGAAGUUGCUAGAAUGCUCUUGCACAACAUCACUCACACAUGGACAAGGUAGGUGGAAGAUUUGCAGCUAUAAGAUCAGAACACGUCCCACCUUUUGGUCACCACAUACGUACUGCAAAUACUGUAAAUACUUCAACUACUGCACACAGUUACCAGAAGUACGAGCAGGUUUGUUUUACUGUUGACCAAGUAGGCUGAAAUGGCGGCCAAAGGCACACUCGGUCCACUAGGAGGGAGCGAUCUCCACGACUCUUCUGAAUCAGAACCGGAAGUGGAACAUUGUUGGACGGCAGUCAGCGGGCUGGCUUACGGAUCUUACCCCUACAAGCAGGUUAUACACAGCGGCCACUUCAUGGUGUCCUCACCGCACAGCGAGCGGAGAGGCAGAAGGUGUUCCCGCUACGACUUCGACACGGUGAACCGGACCUGGUGCCAGACGUACCGAUAUGGACCGUACAGGACCGGCAGCCUGAGUAUCGACCCAACACUCACCCGCCUGUUCGAGUGCAUGUCUCUGGCCUACAGUGCCAAAAUAGUUUCUCCCAAGUGGAAAUCUUUUAAAGGGCUGCGCUUGCUGUGGAGGGAUAAGAUCCGCCUGAACAACGCAAUCUGGAGAGCAUGGUUUAUCCAGUAUGUGGAGAAGAGGAAGAAUCCAGUUUGUGGUUUUGUUACCCCGUUGGAAGGAUCUGAAGCAGAUGCGCACAGAAAGCCUGAAGCCAUUGUUCUCGAGGGCAGUUACUGGAAGCGGCGGAUUGAGGUCGUCAUCAACGAGUACCACAAGUGGAGGAUAUACUACAAGAAGAGAGUUCGCUUUCAUCUUCAGAGAGAGAAGGAUGGCAUUUUAUCAACCCUACAAGAGGGCCAACUGUAUCAGGCCCAGGUGGAUAAAUGGUCCAGUCAGAUGUAUCCACAACCUGAAGCUACGCCAGCCGACUCCCACAUGUUCAACUUGGACUUCCUCCUUUCCAACGUGUCCGACACGCUCUUCACAAUGACCCAAAAACCAUGUCAUUGGACCAGUGAGCGGCAAAACAAUUACACGACUAAUGCUGACAUGAUUCAACCGGGCUUGACGCCUCUGCAGCCCAACUUGGACGACUUUAUGGACAUACCAGACAUCUUUAUGAACUAUUUUGGCCCAACAUACGAGCAGACAACAGCUUUUGCUGACCCAGGCUUUUUUGAAAGUUCAUUUGUCCCUCCCAUACACACUUCUCAGCUGCUCAUUGACACCCAAUCUACUCAGGCUUCAUCAUGUUCUCCUCAAAGCGAGACGAGCAGAUUUAGUCAGGACGUCAACAAAUUCCACUCAUCCAGCAUGUCUUCAUAUGGGACAUAUGGAGAGCCUUCACACGCUGAUCCUUUGGUUUCGGAGCAGACUACCAAUGUUGAUCAUGUGGUCUCCACAACAAUCCCUUUUUUCCGCCCACUUCCCUGCCACAGAAUGGGCUAUCACCCAGCGGCCACCAGCGUGACCCCGACUGUCAUUACUCACACCGCCUCCACCAUGGAGAGCACUCAGCAUGCCCACAGCUACCCUCAUCCGGGGCACACAAACCCGCAGCUUCCGUGCCAGUCUAUCAGCUACAUGCCCGUCAUGUCAGGUCCGGCCCAAGCAGUCCAGCCGCCUGCUGUUGCAACCAGCUGCUUUUCAGCGUCUGAACAAAUGGCGACCACGGAAAUUAGCUGGAAGCACAAGCAAAAGAGAGCAGGACUGAGGACAGUUGGUCAUCCUGGAGGUCUUUCUUACCACCCGCUGGCACCCACUAGCUGCCUGGCUAAGCUGCUGUCCACAGGGAAAUCGCCUGUGGGUUUACAAAGCAGGCAUGUGGCAGUCAAAGGUCAGAGGUCAUCAUCUCCCAGUUCUUUGCAAAGAAACCGUUGGCAUGCUGAGUUGCCAGUGUUAAAACCUUCUGCAUGGAGUCUUGGUGAAACACAGAGAAGAUCCUCCAAAGGCUCUGCCCUGCUCACUGAUGAUGCUGCACACAGCAGCACAGCUCUUCUCAUUCCCAAGACUGAGAACCUAUCACCUGUCCAGGUGUACGGCACAGACAUGAGCAGUUUGCCAGGGUAUUCGGGGCAAACAUCAUCCCCCAUCCCUUUAGACAAUGUCUCUCAUCCAGAAUGUCAACAGUCAAGCUUCCCUGUGUAUGGAAAGCUAGACUCAAGUAAGCAAACGAAGAGCAGGAGGAUAACUCACAUCUCAGCUGAGCAGAAGAGGCGUUUCAAUAUCAAACUGGGAUUUGACACUCUACAUAACCUUGUGACAACACUCAGCUCUCAGCCCAGCAUAAAGUUCAGCAAAGCCACCACGCUGCAGAAGACUGCAAAGCACAUCAGCAAAAUGCAGCAGGAGAGAUCUCUGUUGCAGGAGGAGGUGCGGCGACUUCAAGAUGAGAUCCAACAUCUGAACUCUGCCAUCAAUUCAUGCCAGCAGCAGCUACCAGCCACCGGCGUGCCCAUUACACGCCAGCACUUUGACCACAUGAGGAAAAAGUUCAGAGAGUACGUCCAGACACAGACUCUGCAAAACUGGAAGUUCUGGAUUUUCAGCGUCAUCAUGGAGCCGCUGUUUGAGUCCUACAAUGAAAUGGUGUCCACUGCCAGUGUGGAAUUACUGUGUCAGUCCACUUUGUCCUGGCUGGACCAACACUGUUCACUGCCUUCCCUCAGACCCAUGGUCCUGAGUUCACUCUGUCUCCUGAGUACGUCCACGUCCAUCCUGACCGACCCAUCCCUCCUACCACAGCAGGCCACACUUGCCGUAACCCAGGGUGCACCGGAUGGUGCCCUGGAUGAUUCCAUGCAGCCUCUUUUAGACAACACACGCAACAUGUGACUGAAAGACAGUCUCUCAAUACUGCUAAGUUUCACUGGAGUAAUUUUUUUUUUAUUAUUAAAUACAAAACAUUUCAACUUAAACUUACUGUAUAUUUGCAGCAGGUAGAAUGUUUACUAUUUACUGUGUUUGUCCUUUGAGUGUUACUCCAAUUGUUCAUACAAUUUCAUGUUGUUAACCACAAGGUACAAUCUUUUGGGAAGUGCAACCUAUAGGAAAAAUAAUAAUAGUAACAAUACUUUGCUUUAAAGGUUUAAAAUAACUGAGAAUUUAAUGAAUGAGAAUAAGAUAUAUACGUAUUGGACUAGUCUAGCCUGGAUUUGAGGCAAUUGUCAGCCCUUAGCUGGUCAAUUAUGAACCCCUAAUUAUCAAAAUGUAUUUUAAAAUUAACCUAAUUCAUUAAGGGAAUAUAUCAUUUGAUAUUACACCCAUUUGCUUAAAUCAAUAACUCAAAGCUAAGAUGUGAAUGAUUUGUUCAGAUAUUGUUUCUUAACCUCUAUUGUUGGGCCACAAGCGCCCCUUUGAGGGCCACCGAAAAUAUUUGUUCUUCAGUUGUGUUCUCUGUCAGUUCUAGUAUGCUUUUCCACCACCUGAGGCAAUAAUGUGUCACUUGUAAUACACUUUUCCACCACUUGUGGCAGUAAUGUUUUAGUUGUAAUAGAGCGUAUAAAGAGAGUAUGACCAACCCGGUUUCAGGCGAUCUCCCCAAUGAUUGGUCAAAAAGCUACUAAGGGGCACCAUGACUGCUACCAACUUUGAGCUGAUGCUAUGUGUUUGCAAAGCUUCCUCGUUACUUUUUCAACGUAGGUGGAGCAGCAUGGGGCCGCUCCACCUGCGAAACUUGUGGAAAGCUUUUCAUCGCUUUUCUCACAACCCAGAAAGAAGACAAGUACAGCGAACAACAUUAGACACCUACCAAUUACAGCGUCUUGUGCGAGGUAAACACAGGACACAACAUCUACAUUUUGUUCAGGAGAGAACACAGAAGCUUUUACAAAUACAAACAGAAUAAAUUAACAAACUAAAGGAUAAUUUGACAAAAACAGACAAUAUUUGAAUUUCAGUGAAACUUAAAUAUUGCUAUUAAGUAACAGUAGAAGAGAAAUUCAAACACAAAUAGACAGAGUAGACAUUGCAACAGCAAAAUAAACCAAAUUUGGGGUGUAAUAGAUGAUAAAAUGAACUGGAUGUCUCAUAAAAAUAUACAACAUAAAGUGGCAAGAAAUAUGUCAAUAAUGAAUAAUGCAAAAUAUGCUCUGGACUAAAAAUCGCACCAUAUUCUCUUGUGCUCACCAGUGUUACCAUAUCUGAGUUAUUGUGCAGAAAUAUGGGGAAAACUCAGAAUUUCUCUGUGAUUGUUGGUCCAAAGCUAAUUUUGUUAGCAAAAUGAGGGUAAUACGUGUAGGAGGUUCUUUGUAUUACUUUACGUACACUGCAGGAAUGUAGCAGCAGAGUGUGUCAAAUAUGGCUGCAACAUUUUACUUUGGUGAAAUAAAAGCAUGUUUUGGAUGGAUGUAUUGAAAACUCAAUGUCAAAACAACAGCAAUUGCAUGCUUCCGAGCACACCCACACAUGUCCUUGGUAGCAAACAUGGUGCCUGUUUUUUAGUUGGCCAAACUCUCUUCAUACAAAACACUUUUCCACCACCUUUUUUUUUGUGGCAGUAAUUUGUCACUUGUAAUACACCUUUCUGUAACAUGUGGCAGUUAUGUGUCACUUGUAAUACACUUAUUCACCACUUGUGGCAGUUAUGUGUCACUUGUAAUACACUUUUUCACCACUAGUGACAGUAAUGUGUUACUUACUGCAGAGUCGUGUAUAAAGAGAUAAAGGCCAACUAAACAA